AUGUUUCUCCACCUCCAGGAUCUCCGAUCAGUAUAUCAGAACAUGUUGAAACCUGUUUCCUUGCCCAAUUUCAUUCCCGUUUCUUCCCCAUUUUCUUCUCUGUCCAAUUUCCUUCCCCAAAUUUCCCUUUCUUCCCCAAUUUCCUUCCCCUUUCUUUCCCAAUUUUCACGAGACAAUUGUCAUGGUGCCGGCUCGUUCACUUAUUACAAUUCGAAUCGACUUUGUUUAUAUUUGCCAUGGCGCCGUACGAGGCUUGCUCCGCAGGCACAACCUAGUUUUCCUCUUCGUGCCGCAUGCGAGGAUCGAGGGCUCGAGCUCGAUGUUGAAUCUAGGGCUUCUGAAGUUCACCAGGAAUAUGGAUAA